AUGUGGGAUGAAGAAAAACAUCACUUGGACAUUAUGGAAAGACUCGCUGCGAAGCACGAUGUCCCUCAUACUGUUUUCCAGCCGAUCUUCAGUGUCGCAGCAUAUGCCCUAGGUGUGGGCACAGCACUUCUUGGUAAAGAAGGAGCCAUGGCAUGUACGGUUGCUGUAGAAGAGGUGAUCGGACAACAUUAUAACGACCAGUUGAAAGAACUAAUCGCCGACGAUCCGGAAGCCCAUAAAGAUCUUCUCGAAACACUUACGAAGCUGCGAGAUGAUGAAGUAAAUCACCAUGAUACUGGGGUCAAAUAUGAUGGACCCAAGGCACCGAUGUACGACGUGCUGAAAUGGGUGAUUCAAACUGGCUGUAAAGGCGCAAUUUUCAUUGCGGAAAAGAUUUGA